AUGGACCACCCGCCUUCCCCGAAAGUCCCAUCCAAAUUUAUCUUACACUUCACUCUCAAAAUCAGCAAUUGGACACCAGACUCGAUGGCUUCUCUCCAGCUUAUCUCUGAGGACGAUGGCCCGAACAACAAUGUUGCGGUUCACGUCCAUGCUACCGACGCCGCCUCUACUGGCAAUAUCAUUGGAAAACACACCGAGAAGACCGACGUCAAGGACUCUGAUGACGAAGAAUCUGGCGACAAGGACUCUGAGAACGAGGACCCUGACAACGAGGAUUCUGACGACGAGGACUCUGACGAUGAGGACUCUGACGAUGAGGACUCUGAUGACGAGGACGCUAACGAUGAAGCUCGAGUUCCUGGAGGUGAUGACCUGACUGAACUUCCCUUCCGCGUCACUCUCACCGGCCCACCUAAACUUUCCACCAAGCUCCAGGAGAAGGCCAUGUUCUGGGGGUACCUCGGUUACCGCCACUGCAUCGACCCGUUGUGGAAGAUUGAUAUCAGUGUCGAGCUUAUCAAGGAGACUGUUCGCCCUUACAUGCGUCUCUGCGGUCUUCCCUCCGAAGGCUUUGAUGUCGAGUUUCUCGCCGAGGGUCGCUGGAAUCGGGUCUACACCAUCUCCGCCUUGAAAGACGGAGUUGUCAAAGAGUGUAUCUUCCGCUUAGCUCUUCCCGACUUUCCCUGGUACCGCACCCAGAUUGAGGUGUCGACUAUGGAGUUCAUCCGGCAUCAUACAAGCAUUCCCGUUCCCCGUAUUUACGCCUUCAACUCGUCUAUGAAGAGCCCUCUAGGCCUUGAGUGGAUAUUGAUGGAGAAGGUCCAAGGCCGCACCUACGCUGAUGCCGCGUGGUCACUCAGCUUCGAGACGAGGACGAACAUCCAUCGUAAGGUUGCGGACUGGGUUGAUGAGCUUUCAAGGAUCGAGUUCGACCAGAUCGGAUCACUCUACCACGAUUGGAGCAAACCGCUAUCCGAUAGGCGUGCCUACUUCGUCGGCCCGCUGAACGAGGAAGAAUUCAAGUCCGAUCUCCGCCUCGACCACAAAGUGUACCGCGGUCCCUUCACCAGCAUGCAGCAACUCACCAGCUCCCGCAUCGCCUUCCCCAUGGCCGAGGCCCUCGACCCUCGCAUGGAGGAGCGCGCCAAGUACUGCCAGGCCAAGGAGAAGGCCAAGGAGGACGGCGACGACACGUUCAAGAUCGACGAAGAUUUGGAGGUUAUCUCGGAUCCGGAGUACACUCUCGAAGUCCUGAAACGCAUCCCAGGCUACUGCAUGGAGCUGCAGAGCAUCCUGCCCAUCGUCUUCGCCGGGGAGCGCAUCGGCGUGCCCGGCCACUAUCGCCUCGCCCACAUCGACAUCCACUACCAGAACAUCAUGGUCGACGACGCCGGCAACGCGGUCGCCCUGCUCGACUGGGAGCAGACGAUGACCAUGCCCCUCGAGUGGACCCCGGUCUACCCGAAGCUUGUCGACACCAAUGAGUACGACAAGCCUGAGCCGUGGACCAUCAUCGGCCCACGCAACGAGCAACAGGCCGAGGAGGAGGACGACUACGAGCACUACCUCCUGCGCUUCGAGUUCGAAAAGCGCCUGAAGGAGCUGGACUCACCGCUCCUUGGGCACAAGGCCGACUGUACGGACCUCCAAACCAUCGAGAACCACCUGGAGAUGAUGCACCGUGCUUGCAUGGAUGACGAUAGCGAUGAAGACGAGGUCUUCGUGUUGAGGGUCAAGGCGAGGGCUCGUAAGGCUUUUGCUAAUUCGGUCGGGAUUGCUUGA